CAUGACUCUUACAAAAAAAAGGAUUGUUUCCUACACCUGAUGGGUUUUGUGGUAAUAGUUGUCUUUCUGUGCCUCUUACAUUCAUCCUACUAUAUUCGUCCAGUCAAGUCCAUAGAUGCACAUGGAAAUAUACUUACCAAGAUAAAGGAGCAUGCACCUCUUGUGAAGCGACACCAUUUUGAGUUGUCUAGGAGAUAUAAAUUUCCUUCUAGAGAAUCCCAAGAUAACACUGUUACUCGGUUAGCUGUGUGGAAGACACAAUCAGGAAAAUACUAUGGUCUUCGAGCUAAAAUAGGUGUGUGGGCUCACCCGAAUCAAGAACAUUCUCAAGAAUCUGGAGCAUCCAUAUCUGUCAUCAAUACAAAGCCUGGAUCCAUGUUCAACAUAGUCGAAGCCGGGGUUCAUGUUUUUCCUGACCUGUAUAAUAACAGUGAUGUUCGCUUCUUUACGUAUUGGACUAGGGAUGGAUAUAGAUCAACAGGCUGCUAUAACCUACAAUGUAGCGGAUUCAUUCCUGCUAAAGGAGCUGCGCUUGUCCCAGGUCAAGCGAUUGGUCCUCCAUCAACAUAUGAUGGAGAAGAUCACUACAUCACAAUUAGCCUAUACACGGAACCUCAUACAGGAAACUGGCUAUUAUACCGGGACGACCUAGAGAGGCCUUCAUUCCUAGGGCAUUUUCCUAAAGAUCUUUGUCCCGAGUUGAAUGGUGUUGCACCGAUUGUAUUAUUUUCUGGAUUUGCGAUUUAUCCAAAGAAUGGGAGAGGGCCGGCAAUGGGCAGCGGACAUUUUCCAAAGGAGGGUGAUAGAAAAGCAGCAUACUUUAAAAACAUGAAGAUAUUCGACUCAAAUGCUAUUGCUCAUGAUCCCAGUCCAAGCAUCAUGAUCCCUUGGAUGAAUAGGCCGGAUUGCUACAAGGUGGGUGACAUUCCUCUUGGAGUAAAGGAUAGUUAUCUUUUCUAUUACGGUGGGCCGGAAGGUUGUCGUGGUUGAUAACAACAAAUGUUGUCAUUGUCAACUAAUUAUAUAAAUAAAAUGAAUAAUAUCUUUAUUGUCACAUCUCUCCAAAGUGAAGUUUUAGAGAGGUGGUUUCAAUGUUGUAUUUUGGCAAUAUCUAUCAUGGUAAAAUUGGUUCU